AUGUCUCUUUAUAAUUUUAUGGUUGACACAAUUGUUUACUAUACGGGAACUAAGGAUCCCAUGAAGCUUCCAAUACCUGAGGAUUGCGAGAGACUUGAGGCACUGAAAAGUUUGGUGAAUGAAGCAUUGCCAGAAACUGAUAACCGACUUGUGAGUAAAAUCUCGUAUCGUGAAAAUUGGAGCAUAGACGUUGAUGGAAGGAUAAGUUAUAAUGUUGUGGAGUUGAAGUGCGAUAACGAUAUGAAAGACAUGUGGAAAUCACACCGCCGUAAGAUAACUAAGGGACCGAUCGAGUUUGAGGUGAACCUAACAAGGUCUGCUGAGGAUGUUCUGAAGAUGCUGGUUCGUCCAGAAUCGUCUGCAAGAGUCUAA